AUGACCGACCCGGCAGCUUUGUUAAGCGUGCCAAAAUACCAUGGCGAGUUAACCUUAGCAGGCGUUCUAAAAGAGCCCUUGCGGCAAAGAGAAAGCGGGAGGAGGAAACCGAGAGCCCGCAUCGAAAAAGCUACUCGCAAUGCAGCCGACGCCGCUGCAACUUCCAUUCGACGGUCCCAGGAGACCACGGCUGAGAAAACCGCACGUAACGCAGCGAAAGCUGCAGCAAUGUCCAUUCGACGGUCCCAGGAAUCCAUGGCUGAGAAAAUCGCACACCAUGCAGAUGACGCCGCUGCAGCUUCUGCUGCAAGAGCGUCGGAAAGUUCCGCGCAAAAGCGCACAAGGCGACAAAGCGAUGCAAUUUCAACUUCCGGUGCUAGAGCUGGAGAGCACGGACGUCGUUACAAUGCUCCCGCAAGUAACGAAGUUUCCGUCAUUGUCAGCGGUGAUCAGCACAACAGACGUGACAUUGUUAUCGAAUCGUGCGGCAGUGGGCUCCGAAGAAUCAGUGAAACGCACCGGUCCUACGAUGCACUGCAAUACCCACUUCUCUUCCCUUACGGAGAAGAUGGCUUCCCCAUCCACGAACGCUCCCCAGCAAUCGUCCAGCUUGUUGUGCACCUAGAAAACGACGAACUUCGUUAUUUUUCUGCGGAUGCAGCAAUGGAUGUGGCUUCGCGUACCAAAGACACGACGCUUACAGCGUUCUUCAAACUUUGUCGACAGGACGAGUUUGCUAGGACUCUACUGUACCCAGACGUGCCUUCAUACUACGUGUGGACAAAGAAGAACACCUGGGCUCGGCGGAAGCGCGGGGCCAACGUCGAGGGCUAUCCAGGCGUCAAAAAAGACGCCACACUCGGAAGGGUAUUCACAGUUCCCCCAUCGCGACAGGAAUGUUUUUACUUGCGACUCAUUUUGCACGAAGUUAGUGAUCCAACGAGCUACAAUAACAUACGGACGGUUAAUGGCGUUUUAUGUGACACUUUUCGUGAGGCCUGCAUGCAGUAUAGCCAAGCAAUCAUGUCUAGCGGAGGCACUCAGGCGAUGUAA